GUCUCGCAUGAACAUCUUAGUGGACUGGGCCGAAGUAUUUCCAUGUUGGGCCGAUGCGUCCCAAUAAGCAGCUGGGUUAGGAAAGCUUAGCAGGAGUAUGUUCCAAGCCCAGCAAGGCUGCUGACACCUGUCCAGGCCAGCCUUUGACUUGUCUUCCUCAAAGCUAACGCCGCCGGUCCAACGCGGCAGCGGCCGGUACAGCGACGACAAAUCUGCCGUCCUUGCUCCUCCCCGGAGUACAAAUCCGGAAACCACCCGAGGGAACCCCACAGCCCAAUUCCAACCCUCCAUGCCACGCAUGGCGUCGGCGCCCGCCUCCUCCGCCUCGUACCGGUGCGCGGCGUGCGGCGCGGACCUGAACCUUUCGGCGGCGCACCUGUACCCGGCGGGCGUCUUCUUCGAGGCCGGGAACAAGGGCACGCUGUCCUUCGCGUGGGUGGACGAGUCGCGCCUCCGGUUCGCGGCCGCGGACCGGAUCCGCCCCUUCUUCGAGACCCGCAACUACUGGGGCAUCCAGCGGAAGCGCACGCGCAUCAGCUGCGACGCCUGCGGCCGCCUCCUCGGCCACGUCUACGACGACGGCCCGCCGCUCAUGCAGGGCCACGGCCAGCUCGGGAUGGGCCCCAGCCAGGUCAUCCCGCGCCGCCCCAGGUACCGGAUCAAGACCAAGGCCGCCGCCGCCGCGCCCAGCCCGGCCGCCGCCGCCGCCGCGUAUGGGAAGUGAAGGCUCCCGUUCUGAUUUCGCGUCUCGCUUCGAGUCUGGUCGCCGUGCCGUAUCGUGGUGCGAUUUUCUUCUUCCUGUAAAUUACUAGUAGCAUGCUGUAUGAUUGAUGGUGUCGUGUGCUGCUGUGGUUUUACGUUUCACCUUUGGUUUGCUUGGAAUAAAUUUCGCCUCUGGAGAGCGAGAGCCUUUCCCAGCGCUCA